AUGUCUACCAAACACUUGGUUUUGUUGCUUCUCGCAGUGGUGCUUCUCACUACUCACUCUCUGGCUGAUCACCAUAAGCCACCACACAAACCACCGCACAAACCUCCUUCAGCUGAGGAGACUUCCUUGGAUUCAAAUUUGGAUGGCAAACCUCCCAAGGGAUACAAGCCACCACCAAAACACAAGCCACCUACCUCAUUGGAUGGGAUUGAUGAGGAAAAACCCCCACACAAGGAACAACCAAUAGGCCCUAAAAAACCACCACACAGGCCUCCAGCACAGGAGUCCUCACUGGAACCAAACUUAGAUGGCAAGCCUCCCAAGGGUUACAAGCCACCACCAAAACACAAGCCUCCAACGUCCAACUGA